CUUCUUGCUUUCACUAAUUGCGUGCACGUUAUUCCAGCGAAAUCCACACCCAGACAAAAAUUACUCCCUAGUUCUAACUAUUACACUAUCAUCAUCACUGCGCACGCUGCAAACGACCCUCUUCCACUAUCGCAUAACCAAUUAACCAUGGCUUCUCUGCAAGCGAGUCCUCCAUUCCAUUACCGUUUCAGUUCCCCUUCGCUUAAAAAUCGGAAUUUUACCUUUUACCGGCGGUUUCCAGCCUCUUUUACGCGGAAAGUUAGGGUUUUUGCACUGAGGGGGGAGAGUCGUCGAGGAGGAGAUGGAGCUUACUCUUUUGGUUGCGUUUGCAAAGCGAGUACUGCUGCGAUUGAGAAGGUUUCGGUUGAGGAAGAGAAUGAGCGGCCUCCUUUCGAUAUUAAUCUCGCGGUUGUGCUCGCUGGUUUCGCUUUUGAAGCUUAUACAAGCCCCCCUGAAAAAAUUGGUAGGCAUGAGAUUGAUGCUGCAGGUUGUAAGACUGUGUACCUUUCAGAGACAUUUGUGCGUGAGAUAUAUGAUGGCCAAUUGUUUAUAAAACUGAAAAGGGGUUUUGAUUUACCUGCAAUGGAUCCAUGGGGAACAAGUGAUCCAUAUGUGGUCAUGCAAUUGGAUGGGCAGGUUGUCAAAAGCAACAUUAAAUGGGGCAAAAAGGAGCCAACUUGGAAUGAGGACUUCACUUUCAAUAUUAAGCAAUAUCAAACAAAAAAUCUUCAGAUUGCUGCUUGGGAUGCAAACCUUGUAACUCCACAUAAACGCAUGGGUAACGCAGCCAUUGGUGUGGAAUAUCUCUGUGAUGGGAACUUACAUGAGGUGCUGGUGGAAUUGGAAGGGAUGGGUGGUGGUGGAAAGUUGCUGCUAGAGGUCAAGUAUAAAAGUUUUGGUGAAAUUGAAGAAGAAAAAAAGUGGUGGAGGAUUCCCUUUGUUUCAGAAUUUCUUCGGAGAAAUGGUUUUGAUUCUGCCUUAAAAAUGGUUGUUGGCUCUGAAACUGUGCCAGCACGUCAAUUUGUAGAAUAUUCUUUUGGCCAAUUGAAGUCUUUCAAUGAUGCAUACCUCUCCAAGGAUCUACUUUCAAACAGCAAUUGUUCAGAGAUUGCUAGUAGUUCCAACAAUUCUGUAGUGUCAGAUAUUCCUUCACAGAUAGAGAACAUUUCAGAAGCCUCUUCGAAUGAAAAAAGUUGCAGCCAGGAGAGUAAUUUAGAGUCCCACAUUGAUACUGGUGGCUUAGAUGAUGGACACCCAGCAGAAUUGGGGGCAAAAGCUGAUGAGAUUAUGCAAUCAAAUAAACAUUUUUGGAAGAACUUUGCUGAACUUAUCAACCAAACUAUUGUUCAAAAACAUGGUCUGCCUGUUUCCAUGGAAUUAAAGUGGGAUGGAUUUGACUUAUUGAACAAAAUUGGAUUGCAGUCACAAAAGAUUGCUGAAGCAGGUUAUAUUGAAUCCGGACUUGCUACACCUCAAGUUCAGGAUGUUGGCAGUGAUAAGGCAAGUGGCCCACCUAGCAUUAGCACGAUUCAGUCUUCACUUCCAGAUAUUAAAAAGGCAACAGAGGAUUUAUUAAGGCAAACUGAUGCUGUCUUGGGAGCAUUCAUGGUUUUGACAGCAGCAAUUUCUAAAUUAAAUGAAGAAUCACAGCUUUCAGGAAAGAGUUCUUCUGAGGGCGAGAAGUUCAUUAGCACUCUGGACGUUUCUGAAUUGGAUGAAAAGAAAGCUGAGGAGAUGAAAAAACUAUUUUCAACUGCAGAAACUGCAAUGGAGGCUUGGGCAAUGCUUGCUACUUCACUGGGCCGUCCAAGUUUUAUUAAGUCUGAAUUUGAGAAAAUAUGCUUUUUAGAUAAUCCAUCCACAGAUACACAGGUAGCAAUCUGGCGUGAUUCUGCACGGCGAAAAUUGGUCAUUUCUUUCAGGGGGACAGAACAAGCAAAAUGGAAGGACUUGCGAACUGAUUUAAUGCUUGUUCCUGCUGGCCUAAAUCCUGAAAGAAUUGGUGGAGAUUUUAAGCAAGAAAUUCAGGUUCAUAGUGGUUUUCUAAGUGCGUAUGAUUCAGUAAGGAUGAGGAUCAUCUCCAUCAUUAAACUCUCAGUUGGUUAUAUUGAUGAUGGAGGUGAACCACCUGUUAAAUGGCAUGUUUAUGUUACUGGUCAUAGUUUGGGUGGUGCAUUAGCCACCCUUCUUGCUCUUGAACUUUCUUCAAGUCAGCUAUCAAAGCAUGGUGCAAUUUCUGUGACUAUGUAUAACUUUGGAUCGCCUAGAGUUGGUAACAAAAGAUUUGCAGAAGUUUAUAAUCAGAAAGUUAAAGACAGCUGGAGAGUUGUGAACCAUAGAGAUAUCAUACCAACUGUUCCUCGCUUGAUGGGCUAUUGCCACGUGGCUCGGCCUGUUUAUCUAGCAGCUGGAGAGCUAAAAGAAGCAUUGGGAAAUGUAGAACUUUCAAAGGAUGGUUACCCAGUUGAUGUGGUUGGAGAGUCAACACCGGAUGUGCUUGUCCAUGAAUUUAUGAAAGGCGAAAAGGAACUCAUUGAAAAAAUAUUGCAAACUGAAAUUAAUAUAUUUCGUGCAAUUCGAGAUGGUACUGCACUUAUGCAGCACAUGGAGGAUUUCUAUUACAUCACAUUGCUAGAGAAUGUGAGAUCAAAUUACCAGACAGCUGCAAGGCUAGAAAGCAAAGAACAAGAUAGCGUAUCAAUCAUCUAAGACGACCAACAUUUGAAAUGAUAGCAGCCAAAGCUUGUGUACUUCUUUUCUAUACUUAUCACAGAAUAAAUUCUCUGCCACUUCUCAGGCAGGCUUCUCCAUAAAUUGCGGGUCCUGUAGGAAGCCCAUGAAAAAGAUUACUUGUACAGACAUAGGAGAAAGAAAAGAAAUCGUACUUGUACAGUAUUCUUUUUAUUAUGAGAUGGUAAACUUUAGACAAGAUUUUCACAUCUUCAGUAGGAUGGCACCCAAUGUUAACGUGGCCAUAAAGCAUUCUCCGUAUCAAAGAUAUCACUCAAAAGAUUCUCUCA